AUGGAUGGUUCUACACCAAUUAGUAGUGGGGGUGAAAAUAUUGUAAGUACUGGAGCUACUCCAGGAUAUGAUCCAAGCGAAGACCCAGCAAGAAAGGCCAAAUCAAAUGACCCUGGGUGGAAGUAUGGGUAUUGGCCAGAUCUAACAAACAAGAAUGUUGUUAAAUGCACCCUUUGUGGCAAAGAAAUGAGUUGUGGAAUUAAAAGAUUGAAGCAACAUUUGGUGGGUGGAUAUGGAGACGUUAUUAAGUUUGGAGGGCAAAUACAAUCAGAAGAUACACUAGAAGGACAAUCCCAGACUCCUACAGCUGCUAGGGUGGCUCCUAGCUCUGGGACAAUUGCUAAGAAAAGAAAGGUUACUCAGCCUCAAGUAAGGGGUCCCAUGGAUGCUCAUGUUAGACGGACUCCUGAGCAAGUAGUCAAUGAGAGGCAUAAUAGUAGUUCUACUCAGACUACUAUAGAGAACCGUUUUAGGACACCAGAACAAAAAGCUAGAGUUGAUUAUCACAUUGCUAAGUGGUUGUAUCAGCAAGGUAUCCCAUUCAAUGCUAUUAAGGCAAGGACCUUUGAGGUGAUGUGCGAGUCUAUUGCACAAUAUGGUUCUGGAUAUAUUCCACCUUCAUAUCAUCAAGUGAGAGUGCCAUUGUUAAGAAAUGUUGUGAAUGAAACUGCAGAGAUGAAGAAAAAAUAUGAAGAGUAUUGGAAGCAGUAUGGGUGCACUCUUAUGUCUGAUGGAUGGACGGAUAAACGGGGAAGGCACUUAAUUAAUUUUCUCGUUAACUGUCCAGAGGGGACUUAUUUCAUGGGAUCUGUUGAUGCAUCUGGUAUGGUUCAAAGUGCACAAAUGCUAUUUGAAUUGCUUGAUAGCAAAAUUGAUGAGAUUGGUGAGGAUUAUGUCAUUCAAGUUGUGACUGACAAUGCUUCAAACUAUAAGUUGGCUGGUAAAAUGCUUAUGGAAAAGAGAAGAAAGCUAUACUGGACUCCUUGUGCAGCCCAUUGUUUAGACCUGAUGUUGGAGGAUAUAGGUGGUCUGAAAGACUUUAAGAAUGUGAUAGGUAAGGCAAAAAAAAUAACCACCUUCAUCUACAGGCACACACGUCUUCUUGAUGCAAUGAGGAAAAGAACUGGACAAAAAGAUCUUGUGAGAGCUGCAGCUACUAGAUUUGCAACUGCUUGUUUGACAUGUCAGAGCUUAGUUAGGCAUAAGGAUGCAUUGAAGCAUUUGUUUAUUUCUGAUGAGUGGAAGGGUUCUAAUUUGUCAAAGACAGAGGCUGGAAAGAAAGUGGAAGAAACGAGGCCUGCAAUGCCUGAAGUUUAUGUUGCUAUGGAAGAGGCAAAAAAGAAAAUACGUGAACAUUUAGCACAUAAAGAACGGCUGUGGAAGAAAAUUAUAAGUAUCAUUGACAGGCGUUGGGAGUGUCAGAUGGAGCGUCCAUUGUAUGGAGCCGCACUAUUUCUUAAUCCCGGAAAAUUUUUCAUGUUCAAGGAAAAUGAAAAUGGCGAACUGAUUGCCAAUCUACACAUCUCAUUGGUUGAUGUCAUGACCAGAUUGGUAGUUGACCCUGCUAUACAAGACAAGAUAACUUUGCAAAUUGAUGAUUAUAGAUAUUCAAAGGGU